GAUGCUUCGAAUAGGAAUCGAAGAGAAAAGAGCCUGGAAAUUUCUGCCGAAGAGUUCUCCUUCGGUUUUGGUUUCUUCGUGGUUGGGAGAUUUUGGUCGGGGGGCUUUUGGGGGCUGAGAAACUUAUUCUGAUAUGGACGUCGAUAUACCUUCGUCGCCUGGAAAGUUUAAGUCGGAGAAACCCCACCACCAUUACCUGCGCCUUCUCCUUCGAUGGCACUAUUCUUCUCUCCACAAGUUUCUGUGCUGGACUAUUGUUGCAGCCAUUGUCCUCUUCGUUCUUUUCCUGGCUUCCCCUAAUUUGUCCUCCUCAUCCCCCGCUUCGUUGCAUUCUUCCUCGAUCACCGAACGCCGCUCCCUCCGUACCUCUUCUUCCUCCCCCGCUUGGGGUGAUCCUGCUUGGGAGAAGCGUGUGCGAGACUCCGCGCGCAUCCGGCGACGCCCAUUUGGCAUUUCCGUUCUUGUCACAGGCGCCGCUGGCUUCAUCGGCUCGCAUGCCACCAACGCCCUCAAGCGCCGCGGUGACGGCGUGGUCGGCCUAGAUAACUUCAACGACUACUACGAUCCCUCACUGAAGCGUGCCCGUCAGGCUCUGCUUUCCCACUCGGGCGUCUUCGUGGUCGAGGGCGACAUCAACGAUGGCCCUCUUCUUCGCAAGCUCUUCGACCUCGUUGCUUUCACACACGUCCUCCACCUCGCGGCCCAGGCUGGCGUCCGCUACGCCAUGAAGAAUCCCGGGUCGUACAUCCACAGCAACGUAGCCGGCCUCGUCUCCGUUCUCGAAGCCGCGCGCUCCGCCAACCCUCAGCCGGCGAUUGUCUGGGCUUCUUCCUCGUCCGUGUACGGCCUCAACACUGAAGUUCCCUUCUCGGAGUCCCAUCGAACCGAUAGCCCGGCAUCCCUGUAUGCCGCUACAAAGAAGGCCGGUGAGGAGAUCGCUCAUGUAUACAAUCACAUAUAUGGUCUCUCCAUUACCAGCCUCCGGUUCUUUACCGUGUACGGACCUUGGGGCCGCCCCGACAUGGCCUGCUUCUUCUUCACAAGGGAUAUUCUUGCUGGCAAGACCAUCAGCAUAUUCCAAGGUCCUGACGACGCCACAGUCGCCCGAGAUUUCACUUACAUUGACGACAUUGUGCAGGGCUCCCUUGCAUCUCUGGACACAGCCCAGAAGAGCACGGGUAGCGGCGGCACAAAGCAGGGACCUGCCCAGCUCCGUGUCUUCAACCUCGGCAACACAUCCCCCGUAUCGGUUGUUGAGCUUGUCUCCAUCCUUGAGCGCCAUCUCAAGGUGAAGGCCAAGCGUAAGUUUGUUAAGAUGCCAAGGAACGGAGACGUGCUCUUCACCCAUGCAAACGUUAGCUUGGCGAAAAAGGAACUCGGCUACCAUCCCAACACAAACCUUCAGACGGGGCUGAAGAGGUUCGUGAAAUGGUACCUAGAAUACUACGCUCCUCCUUCUGGAUCAUAUUUGACGAAGAAGGGAAGAGGCGGCGGCAGUAGCUCUAGCUGAGUGGCGAAACUGGACUGACAGCCACUCCCCUUUCAUGGCCGAACCUUCCAGAGAGUCUGAAUUGUAACAAAUUCCUUCAUGUUACAGAAGAUGAAAGACGAACACAAAAUGAUUCUUUGAACAACAAUCAUUAUCAGAUAUCCUUUCAAAGCUUGUUGAGGUCUAUAUUAAUUCAUGUAUGUGACAAAGUGCUACAUGAUGGGAACCACCAUUUGAACUU